UACCCCGCUCCCUUAACCCCGCCCUCUCUUUACCUACCGGCGGUAGCUGGCCGGGUGGGCUCGCGCUGAGACGCUCGCGCGCGCACGCGCACACAACGCGGAGCGGAGCGCGAGACAUCUAGGAGGGGAGUAAGAAGCAUCUGAGGAGGCGACAGAGGAGGCGGUGUGUGUGUAUCUGCGUGUUCUAUGGUGUGGCUACUCGAGGGGCGAGCGGAGGCUUGAAAGAGGGCGAGGGAGAAGCAAAGAGUCUCCCUCAGCGAGAGCCUCUAAUCUGGUUGCUAUGGAAACAUAUGACCAUAUAAAAGGAAGUCCAUCCUGAUAAUUCUGAUACCUGAGAUGCAACUGAACUGAAGAGUGGAACAGGAAAAAGUUUAGUGCCAACCUUAAUUACAAUGGCUACUGAUUCAGGGGAGCCAGCUAGCACAGAAGAUUCUGAGAAACCUGAUGGAGUUUCAUUGGAAAACAGAGUUCCUCAGGCUGCAGCAACUUUGACAGUGGAAGCUAGACUAAAGGAGAAAAGCAAUACCUUCUCUGCUUCUGGAGAAACUAUAGAAAAGAAAAGAUUCUUUCGAAAGAGUGUUGAGAUGACAGAACAUGACAAAGUUGCUGAAUCUUCCUCCAAAGAUGAGAGAAUAAAGACUGCAACAAAUAUUCCAAGAGUAGAAAAGCUUCCUACAAAUGUGCUAAGAGGAGGACAAGAAGUUAAAUAUGAGCAAUGUUCAAAGGGAACGUCAGAAUCCUCAAAAGAUUAUUUCAAGGAGAAAAAUGAAAAGGAAAUGGAAGAAGAAGCAGAAAUGAAGGCUGUAGCUACUUCUCCUAGUGGCAGGUUCCUGAAAUUUGACAUAGAACUGGGAAGAGGAGCAUUUAAAACAGUAUAUAAAGGACUGGACACUGAAACAUGGGUUGAGGUUGCUUGGUGUGAGCUGCAGGACCGGAAAUUAACCAAAGCCGAGCAGCAAAGGUUCAAGGAAGAAGCAGAGAUGUUAAAGGGUCUCCAACAUCCCAAUAUAGUUCGAUUUUAUGAUUCCUGGGAGUCUAUAUUAAAAGGAAAGAAAUGUAUUGUAUUAGUGACGGAACUUAUGACAUCAGGAACCUUAAAGACGUACUUAAAACGAUUUAAAGUAAUGAAACCAAAGGUCUUAAGGAGCUGGUGCAGGCAGAUUUUAAAGGGGUUGCAGUUCUUGCACACUAGGACUCCUCCUAUUAUUCACCGGGAUCUGAAGUGUGACAAUAUUUUCAUCACGGGACCCACUGGAUCUGUGAAGAUUGGUGAUCUAGGACUAGCCACCUUAAUGCGUACAUCAUUUGCUAAAAGUGUCAUUGGUACUCCUGAGUUUAUGGCCCCAGAGAUGUAUGAAGAGCACUAUGAUGAAUCUGUGGAUGUCUAUGCUUUUGGAAUGUGUAUGCUGGAAAUGGCUACUUCAGAGUACCCUUAUUCUGAAUGCCAGAAUGCAGCUCAAAUAUACCGUAAAGUAACUAGUGGUAUAAAACCAGCCAGUUUUGAUAAAGUCACUGAUCCUGAAGUGAAAGAAAUCAUCGAGGGAUGUAUUCGUCAAAACAAAUCUGAAAGGUUAUCUAUAAGGGACCUACUAAACCACGCAUUUUUUGCGGAGGAUACAGGACUAAGAGUGGAGUUGGCAGAGGAAGAUGAUUGCUCAAAUUCAUCCCUGGCUUUAAGACUCUGGGUUGAAGACCCUAAAAAAUUGAAAGGCAAACAUAAAGAUAAUGAAGCUAUUGAAUUCAGUUUCAAUUUAGAAACAGAUACACCUGAGGAAGUAGCAUAUGAAAUGGUCAAGUCAGGAUUCUUCCAUGAAAGUGAUUCCAAAGCUGUUGCUAAGUCCAUUAGAGACCGAGUGACCCUGAUAAAGAAGACAAGGGAGAAGAAGCCAGCUGGCUGUUUGGAAGAACGCAGGGAUUCCCAGUGCAAGUCUGUAGGGAAUAUACUCCCUCAGCCCCAAAAUACAUCUUUGCCCCCUCCUCCUGUUCAGCACACUGGGGCAGAAUGUGAAGAAACUGAAGUUGAUCAACAUGUGCGACUACAGCUUCUACAAAGAAAACCACAACAUCACUGCUCCUCUGUUACAGGUGACAAUUUGUCUGAGGCAGGAGCAGGAUCAGCUAUACACUCAGAUACUUCAAAUCAGCCCAGUGUAGCCUACUCCUCAGACCAGAUGAUGGGCUCUCAAAUGGUUUCUAACAUGCCGCAGACCGAAAUAAAUAUUCUGGAGAAAAUUUAUCCAUCCCAGCAACUAGUGGGACAUUACCAGCAGAUUUCAGGGUUGCAGAAGCAGCCAAAGCUGACUCAGCCCCAAAUUUUGCCUUUGAUUCAAGGUCGGUCCACUAUUUUGCCUGUGCAUGUCUGUGGACCUCCAGUUGUCUCACAACCCCAGGUUUCACCUUUAACUGUCCCAAAGGCCUCACACAUAAAGCCUGUAUCCCAAGCAGUUGGAGCUGAACAACAAGCAACUCUUCUAAAACCAGAUUUAGUUCAAAGUUUGAAUCAUGAUGUGGCACCUGUGAAGGAAAACACAAAUACCCCUGAUAACCCAAGUGGAAAUGGCAAACAAGAUCGGAUCAAACAGAGAAGAGCUUCCUGUCCUCGGUCAGAGAAGGGAACUAAAUUUCAGCUUAUUGUUCUUCAGGUUUCUACCUCUGGAGACAAUAUGGUGGAGUGUCAACUGGAGACACACAAUAACAAGAUGGUCACCUUCAAGUUUGAUGUUGAUGGUGAUGUACCAGAGGAUAUUGCAGACUAUAUGGUUGAAGAUAACUUUGUCCUGGAAAGUGAAAAAGAAAAAUUUGUGGAAGAAUUGAGGGCUAUCGUUGGUCAAGCCCAGGAGAUCCUUCAUGUUCACUCUGCUACAGAAAGAGCUGUUGGAGUUGACUCUGUUACUGUGGAACCCAGCAGUAGCCAAACAGGAUCAUCUGAACAAGUACAGAUAAAUUCUGCGUCCAGCCAAACCAGCAAUGAAUCUGCUCCUCCUCAGUCAUCCCCAGUUGGUCGAUGGCGAUUUUGUAUAAAUCAGACAAUAAGAAACCGGGAGGCUCAAUCUUCUCCUUCUCUUCAGCAGUACAUGCCUACAGUUCCUGGGUUAAACCUACUUUCUAGUCCAAGAAACAUAAGUAAUAAGGAAAUAACACAGGACACACUGCUUACUCUAGAAAGUAAUCCGUGCCAGCGUGUACUUUUCACCUCCACAUCACAACACAAGGAUGUAGUUGAUGGUAAGAUUUCUGAAUAUGCCAGUGUAGAAACUAAGCAGCCAGCUAUACUUUAUCAAGUAGAAGAUGACAAGCAAAUAACGGCACUAGUUGCUAGUAGUUCCAGUCAUACUGCUACUUCGGUUCAUGCAGUUCCACUUGAAUGUGAGGGACUCACCAAUGAAGCAGGCAUAUUUCUACCUGUGUAUCCAGGUCACCAAGCUGCCAGUCAGGCAGCUUCUGACGAGUCAACUCAGAUUGCUGCUAACUGUCUUACAACCCCGGCAUUUAUAUCUGAUCAAAAGCCUCAAUCCUUACUAGUGCAGCAGCGAACUACGGAUGCAGAAUUCAUUUCCCAAGAAGGAGAAACUGCAGCGAACAUGGAAGCAAGUUCUCCUAAGAUGGUCGUUCCCACUCAGAAUCCUGGCCUUGAACCAACCAGCCUUCUAUCCUCUACUGUCCUGGAAUCAGAUGGGGAAAGACCUCCAAAAAUGGAAUUUGCAGACAACCGAAUUAAAACUCUGGAUGAAAAAUUAAGAAAUUUGCUCUAUCAGGAGCAUAACAUACCUAGCAUCUACCCUGAGAGUCAGAAGGAUACCCAAAGCAUAGACUCUCCAUUUUCUUCCUCUGCUGAAGAUGUACUCUCAUGUCCAGUGCCAGAAGUCAUAGGCACCAGUCACUGUGGAAUUCGAGAUAGUACUGCACAGUCCCCUAAUUUUCAGCAGACAGGCUCUAAGAUUCUGUCCAAUGUGGCUGUGAAUCAGCCUGCUAACAUAUCAGUGUUCAAAAGGGACCUGAAUGUGAUAACUUCUAUACCCAGCGAAUUAUGUUUACAUGAGAUGUCCCCAGAUGCUUCACUUCCGGGAGAUCCAGAGGCCUAUCCUGCUGCUGUGUCAAGUGGUGGAGCCAUUCAUCUGCAGACAGGAGGUGGAUAUUUUGGCCUAAGCUUUACUUGUCCUAGUCUCAAAAAUCCUAUUAGCAAGAAAUCCUGGACUCGCAAAUUAAAAAGCUGGGCAUACAGGCUACGGCAGUCAACCAGCUUUUUCAAGAGAUCAAAAGUCCGUCAAGUGGAAACAGAAGAUACGAGAUCAGCUGUUGUUCCUGACCCCAUUCAUCUGACAGGAGAGUCCACAACUGAUACUAGGUCUCUGAGUAAAUGUAAAGCAAUGAGUGGAUCAUUUCAGCGGGGUCGGUUUCAGGUGAUUACAGUUCCCCAGCAGGAGCCAGUGGAAGUGACAUCUUUUGGAAUAGAACACAUAUCAACAUUCAAUAAAAUGACAAGUCAGUCUAGUGAAGAAACUUUAGCCUUUACUGACACAGCAAAGCCUCAAUUUGUAGAAAUGGAACCUGUCACACACAAUCCACAAACUUCACUUUCUUCUCAGAAGUUACAAGCUCUUCACGAAACCUUCAAAGAAGAUCCAAGAAUUUCCAAACAAACUGACAACUUUUCAUCUUUUAGUAUAGCUUGUGAAACUGAUAUAUCUUUGAUGACUACAGAAAAGGAAUUGGAAGAAAAUUCAGCCACAGGAAGUAGCAUGCAGUCUGGAUCUGAACUACUUAAAGAGAGAGAGAUACUUACUGCUAGGAAACAGCCUAGCUCUAAUAGUGAAUUUUCAGCCGCUCUUCCUGACAGAGGGAAAUCAGUGGCAAAGACUGGUACAGAGAGAGAAAAGCACUUACCACUCUGUGAAGAAAAAGCCUGUGUUCAAACACAGAGCUCACACUUUUAUUCACCGUCUUCCCCAAUGAGCAGUGAUGAUGAGUCAGAAAUAGAGGAUGAGGACUUAAAGGUGGAGCUUCAAAGAUUACGAGAAAAACAUAUUCAGGAGGUGGUAAAUCUUCAAACCCAGCAGAAUAAGGAGCUACAGGAUCUCUAUGAACGCCUUCGAGCGAUUAAAGAUAGCAAAGUCCAAUCAUCAGAAGCUCCUGUAUCACCUGCAUCACCACGUAGACCAAGAUCUUUAAAAAGCAAACUUCGAAGCCGUCCCCAGUCUUUGACACGUGUGGACAGUGGCACAGUUGCUACAGAUCCACUGUGUGUGGAAAGUAGUGCAGCAUCAUUCCAGCAAUCUUCAGUUAGUAAAAAAGGGAUGUUCACAGAUGACUUACACAAAUUGGUGGAUGACUGGACAAAGGAAACAGUAGGAAAUUCGCUUAUUAAGCCAAGUUUAAACCAACUUAAACAGAGUCAACAGAAACUAGAAACAGACAACUGGAACAAAGCAUAUGAAAAUACUCCAUCUACUAUGGGCUACACACCAACAUGGAUUUCUUCUCUGUCCCAAAUCCGUGGAGCUGUCCCAACCUCCUUGCCACAAGGACUGUCACUCCCUUCAUUUCCUGGGCCAUUAUCAUCAUAUGGAAUACCCCAUGUUUGUCAGUAUAAUGCUGUGGUGGGGCCAGGGUAUCCAGUACAGUGGGUAGGAAUUUCAGGAACACCACAACAGUCUCUAGUAAUUCCUAACCAACCUGGGGGACCGUUCCAACCAGGGAUGAAUUUGCAGGCGUUUCCAGCUUCAUCAGUGCAGAAUCCGUCCACGAUCCCUCCUGGUCCCAAGUAAAUCAGAGUAGAUAAUGAAGAAAAGGGAGUUUUUUUCAUAAUUAUUUUCAGGAUACCUAAGGUAUUAAACUUUCUUCUUGGGUUCUGCCAUAUUUUCCCUCAUUCUGAGUUUACUUUCCACUCUUAUUUUUUGUUCCAAUGUAGUAUUUGAUAUAGCUCAUCACCUGUAGAACUGUGCAGUUUGUACAUAGAACACUGCACAUAGAAAUGUUUUUUCACUUCAAAUCCUAUCCUCUUUGAUACUUGAUUUUUAAAAAAAUGCCGUUUAGAAUGCUUAAAUACGCUCAGCUUGAGCAUUAUCAUUUCCAGGACACUUUCCACACGUUGCUGAGAAGCCCCCAUUUUUUUUUUUAAUUGCAUUCUCUGCAGCUAGAUGAUACUUUUCUUUAAAAGGUAUAAGAACUAUUUAAAUUUAUAUUCCCCAAACAUAGACAAAGUGAGACUCUCCAGCAGGGUCUUAUGAGAUUCUUCAUGUUGUUUAUCUUAGGUUUACCUUUCACAGAAGGCAGGGUAACUUGCUGUAGUAAAUGUUUUGGUAUAUAAAAUUAGAAUAACUUUGUCAACCAACAUAGAACAUGAGCCCUUUUUAAUGUGAUUUUCUUCCCGUCGUCACAGCAGUAGGAGUGAAGCCUUGUUUUAGGUGAGGCGGAGAGGAAGGAAAAAACAGAACUGUAACAGUUCCUUGAUUCUGCAGAUAAUGUAGCUGCGUUAGGAUUUCCGUAGUAAUUCAAAGCAGCUAUCUCUUUGUUUCUCAUGUGCACACUACAUUGUAUUUGAGCAUGAGAGGCAUUGGUUUGGCUUGCAUUCUUUUGCAAGGGAUAUACUGCAGCUGAUAUGAAUCCCAUUUGGGGGGAAUCUUUGUAUUCCUAACAAAGACGAUUCAAGUUACACCUCUAUUAAUCCAUUCUUCUGAAGAGAAAUUUACUUGAUACAGUAGGUUUUGAGACUUACACAUGAAACACUGGCUUUACAAGGUUUAAGAGAUGAACAGUAUGAAAAGGCAAAAUGAUAAG